CGGAACCCGCGCAGAACGCCGCCGUGGAGCUAGAGCAAGCGCAGCCUCGUUCUUGCAACCUCGUCCCCGCCGCCCGCAGCCUCGUCUCCAGCGCCGCCGCCGCCCCCGGGGCAUGGCCUGUCUGAUGGCCGCUUUCUCGGUCGGCACCGCCAUGAAUGCCAGCAGUUACUCUGCAGCAAUGACGGAGCCCAAGUCGGUGUGCGUGUCGGUGGACGAGGUUGUGUCCAGCAACGUGGAUGAGGUUGAGACAGACCUGCUUAACGGACACCUGAAGAAAGUGGACAACAACUUCACAGAGGCCCAGCGCUUUUCCUCCUUGCCACGGAGGGCGGCCGUGAACAUCGAAUUCAAGGACCUUUCCUACUCUGUACCCGAGGGACCCUGGUGGAGGAAGAAAGGAUACAAGACCCUUUUGAAAGGGAUUUCUGGGAAAUUCAACAGCGGAGAGCUGGUGGCCAUCAUGGGUCCUUCUGGAGCCGGGAAAUCCACGCUCAUGAACAUUCUGGCAGGAUACAGGGAGACCGGCAUGAAAGGGGCGGUCCUUAUCAAUGGCAUGCCCCGGGACCUGCGCUGCUUCCGGAAGGUCUCGUGCUACAUCAUGCAGGACGACAUGCUGCUGCCUCACCUCACAGUUCAGGAGGCCAUGAUGGUGUCCGCACAUCUAAAGUUGCAGGAGAAGGAUGAAGGCAGACGGGAGAUGGUCAAGGAGAUCCUGACAGCCCUGGGCUUGCUGCCCUGUGCCAACACGCGCACGGGGAGCCUCUCAGGUGGCCAGCGGAAACGCCUGGCCAUUGCGCUAGAGCUGGUCAACAACCCCCCUGUCAUGUUCUUUGAUGAGCCCACCAGUGGCCUGGACAGCGCCUCCUGCUUCCAAGUGGUGUCCCUGAUGAAAGGCCUGGCGCAGGGCGGCCGCUCCAUAGUCUGCACCAUCCACCAACCCAGCGCCAAACUCUUUGAGCUCUUUGACCAGCUAUAUGUCCUAAGUCAAGGACAAUGUGUCUACCGGGGAAAGGUCUCGAAUCUCGUGCCGUACCUGAGGGAUCUGGGUCUGAACUGCCCUACCUACCACAACCCAGCAGACUUUGUCAUGGAAGUGGCAUCUGGGGAGUACGGGGAUCAGAACAGUCGCCUGGUGAGAGCCGUGCGGGAGGGCAUGUGUGACUCUGACUAUAAGAGAGACCUCGGGGGCGACAGUGACGUGAACCCGUUUCUUUGGCACCGACCUGCUGAAGAGGACUCAGCCUCCAUGGAAGGUUGCCACAGCUUUUCAGCCAGCUGCCUCACUCAGUUCUGCAUCCUCUUCAAGAGAACCUUCCUCAGCAUCAUGCGGGACUCGGUCCUGACACACUUGCGAAUCACCUCGCACAUCGGAAUCGGCCUGCUCAUUGGCCUGCUGUACCUGGGGAUUGGGAACGAAGCCAAGAAGGUUCUCAGCAACUCCGGCUUCCUGUUCUUCUCCAUGCUGUUCCUCAUGUUUGCUGCCCUCAUGCCCACAGUUCUGACCUUUCCCCUGGAGAUGAGUGUCUUCCUCCGAGAGCACCUGAACUACUGGUACAGCCUGAAGGCCUACUACCUGGCAAAGACCAUGGCCGAUGUCCCCUUCCAGAUCAUGUUCCCCGUGGCCUACUGCAGCAUUGUGUACUGGAUGACGUCGCAGCCGUCGGACGCUGUGCGCUUUGUGCUGUUUGCUGCUCUGGGUACCAUGACCUCGCUGGUGGCCCAGUCCUUAGGCCUGCUGAUUGGCGCUGCAUCCACAUCCCUGCAGGUUGCGACGUUUGUGGGUCCCGUGACAGCCAUCCCUGUCCUGCUCUUCUCCGGAUUCUUUGUCAGCUUUGACACCAUCCCAGCCUACUUGCAGUGGAUGUCCUACAUCUCCUAUGUCAGAUACGGCUUUGAGGGGGUCAUCCUGUCCAUCUACGGCUUGGACCGAGAGGACCUGCACUGUGACAUUGCGGAAACGUGCCACUUCCAGAAGUCAGAGGCCAUUCUGCGGGAGCUAGACGUGGAGAAUGCGAAGCUGUACCUGGAUUUCAUCGUCCUGGGUAUCUUCUUCAUCUCCCUGCGGCUCAUCGCCUAUUUCGUCCUGAGAUACAAAAUCCGGGCGGAGAGGUAAAAAACACCUCCAAGCCAGCAACAAGGCAAAGCAGACAUUGUGACCAAGGGCACUGCUGGGAGGUGGCAGCGCACCUGCUCCUGGUGACACAGACUCUCCCAACCCAACCUGGAGGCCACGCAGGUCGAUGAUGACCAGUGCUGACCGCCUCUGCCUGCCGGGUUGGACCUCGUUUCCUUUUCUAACUAGGAAGAUGUAGGAUGGUUGGGGUUUGAUUUUUUUUUUUUUUUUUGACAUGUGGGAUUCAAAAUACAACUGGCAUAGAAUGUCAUCCCCUGCUCCAGCUGGGGACAGGGGGGCUUCUUCAGUAGAUUCCUCCCAGAGUCCAGGACACACUGGCCCUGGAUGAGAAGUGUUGGCCAGAUUGGUCCAGAGAGGUGGAUAUCUUGGGAGGAAGGUCCACAUGUAGCGGGCGGGAUCUAAAGGUCUCAGCCUUCUAAAGUUCCUCUCAUUUCUGAUGAAGUUGCUUUCCGAGCCAAAGUCGAUAAAUUUCAUUCACUUCAAGAGAUUGUAUCUUUUUUAAGUACUUCUUGAGGACUACUUAUUCAGGGUCAAAGAUGUGUUUUGCUUAGAAAACGGAAGAGUCUAAUCAAGUCACCAAGUCGGGCUCACCGAUCAAACCAGAGAGACAGGUCAGACGCAGGCUCCAGGUGAGGGAGGCACCACACCAGCUGCACUGGGCCAGCCGGGACUAACGCAACGCAACGCAACGCAACGCAAUGCAGACAGUGCUGGGGGAGAGUUGGCAGGCUCCUUCCAGACUUCCUUUCUCAAAUGUGCUUCUUAUUUUAAGCAAACUUAGAUGGGCAUAAAACUCUUCCUAUAGUUUUCCAGCUACUUUCAUUUUGCCCGAGAAAUACUCGAUCCACUCUGUUGAUUUGUUUUUUUUAAA